GUCUUUAUCGACUCCUUCGACUACAUGUGCCCCAUGCUCUGCUCUGUCCACAGCUGCACUUGCGCGCACUUUUCGCUUUCCUCAGCUCUGUUGGCUCCACUUUGGAGGUUUUAAAGGUCCCCCCCUCUCCUCUUAGCAGCUUCACGGGUAUGGACCCCAACUGGGAUGUAGACUCCAACAAAGGCUUGCAGUCCCUCCAGGGACACGUUCAAGUGCCAGAACAGCUUCAGCAGGCCCUGCUGGACACUGGCAUCGCCAGCAUUUCAGACUUUGCAUAUGCAUACAUUGACGCACAAGAUCUUUCCGACUUCGUGUCAAAGUUGCCUUCUCCGCUAUGGGAGCAGCUUCGCAUCACAGACCCAGAUCACAGCCCAGCAGUUGCACGACUCUGCCGCACCUUAGACAUGCGCAAGCAAGCAGCCAAGCACAGCGAUGACGCCUCCUUGCCUUCCGGGCCCUCCGCACCGCCCUCCACUUUAGCUUCCGACAUGUGGGCAGAGCAUGCUGAGCAUGCACUCCCACGCCUUGACGCAGAGGCAGCGCAACGCAUGCAGAGCAAGUUCAAGGCAAACUACCCGGGCGAACAUUGA